AUGAACGGCACUUUCGGAUUGCAGCCGCGUCCUGCCGCGACUGCCUCUGAUGCUGCCGUCACGCCCAUAGCUCACCUUCAUCGGGCCAACAACUGCCAUCCUCUCCUCAAUCUCACCCGAGUCUCGCACGCCAUGUCCAGUCGACCCCUUUCGCCGCCGCCGCAUCGUCGUGGCUACUACGAACCCCCGCCAUAUGCUCGUUCCCGCCAAGAUUCGUACCACGACCAACGUCGCGCAUCCUCUCAUCAUCAUGCUGCCGUCUCCGAAUGCGCUUCCUCCUCAAGCCGCGCAGACAUGAUUCCUCCCGCAUCGGCUUCUGCUUUUGCCGCUGCUUCUUAUCAUCAGCAGCACGCUUCCGCAUCCAACACAUUGCCGCCAUCAAUACAGCGACCCAUGCACCAGCUCGUACCUGAACAGCAGCUCCAACUCGCCAACAUUCAACGCUUCACCCCUUCCUGCUCGCGAUGUCGUCAGAAGAAGCUCAAAUGUGACACCAACCUCCCCUGCAAUCAGUGCAUAGCAAAAGGCGUACACAACGACUGCCGCAAGGACUCCAGAGUCCCACGAGGCAGGAAGCGUCCUAAGCCCACCCCCACCUCCGCCUCCUUCGACAGACCAGAAGAUGAAGUCGCUUCGCUUCGCAAACGCGUCAAGCAGCUCGAACAGAUGAUCGCCUCCAACACCGCGCCGAGCGCAGCUUCCGAACCUCGCUCGCCUUGCGCCAGUAGCCAACGACCGUCCAACAAGCAAGCUCUGUCGUCACACAAGCUCGGCACCAGCUCGCGCGGAUCUCAGACCUCCGUUCCCUCCGAGAUCGGCUACUCCAAUUCACGCGAACGCCGCAGCCUCGCUUCUCCCUCCUUGGACUCCGAAGAAGAAGAGGUAGCUGAGAUGGAGACCUCCUUGACUACGCUCGAGAAACUCGCCGCCUCGGAUCCCCGCGUCAGCGAACCAGGCCACGGAAGAGCAAUGCACAAGCACAUCAACAGCAUGUCCUCCAGCCGCCUUCCUCGUAGGGUCUCCAGCUCCUACUUUGCUGCUCCCGCCGCAUUCAAUGAGCGCAUCGAGAUGAUCAUGCUCGCCAAGCGUCUUUUGCCCCCAAAGAAGCUCGUCGACGCCCUCAUCGACACCUUCAACCUCCGUUGUCACAAUCUCGUCGGUCGAAUCAUCCACAUGCCCUCCUUCCAGAAGGCCGUCGACUUUUUCACUCAUGCCAGCGUUGAAGAGAUCCUAACCUGUCCCCACGACAUGAACGAUCUCUGUCUCUACUUGAUGGUUCUACGUCUUGGCUUACGCUUCUAUCCUUGGAAAGGCGGCAUGUUUAUCGACGACACCACGCCAGAGUUCAUUGCGAUCAACGCUCUCAAGAACCGUGGAGACGAUAUCUCUCUGCAAUGGCUCAACUUGGCCAAGCGAGGCUUGGCUCUCGACCGCAGUUUCAGUCUCAACUCUGUCCAGGCAAUCCAGACGGCCAUCCUCAUGAUUCUAGAUGGACGUGAUUCUCCCGCCUACCUCCGCAUGCUCUUGCGCAUCUCCAUCCAGACCGCCCUCGACAUGGGCCUGCAUCGUCUUGGCAACGCCAUGCCCUCUUCCAAGAGCCCCGAGGACGACAUUGUCAAUAUCGAGUCCGGUGUGCGAGUCUGGUGGUAUCUCGUCGUCAAAGAUUGGUGCUCGGCACAGCGCGAAGGUGCCUACACCAUACACCCAUCCCAAAUGACUACCCGUAAGCCUCUACACACCACAGAUGCACGUCUCUCCGACGGCCUCACCGAUGAGAUCUCGCUCGACCACUACUGCGAGUCCAGCUAUACGCUCUGCCAGAUUGAGCUCGCCAACAUUAUUCGAGAAAGCAUCGAUUUGCGCAACGAACAGAGCAUUCUUGGCGGCGCCUACGAUGUCAUAUCGCCCAAUAACAAAAAGUUGCUCCACGUCAAGCUCGAAACUUUCCUCAACGAACUGCCGCCUUUCUACCGACUUCACAGUACCGAGAUGCGUCCUGGUGUUUUGGCGGUGCAGAGAUGCCUCUUGCACCAACAAACCUUCGAUGUACUGCUCAAGCUCAACCGUAAAAGCCUGUCCUCCUACAGCGAGCGUGCCACUUGUGUCAUGCUCGCCGAGCAGAUCGUCUCGACUCAGAAGCUGCUUCGUAGCGUCUGUCCCGUCAUUGAUGGGUUCUGGGUCAACUUCUUGCAUCUUUUCGGUGCCACCUUGACGCUCACUAUAUCGCUGCUGCUCGACGACGACAUGUCGGAAGAGGUCAGGGAUCGACGACGCGACAGAGUCCACACCGCGCUUGCCACUAUGCGAGAAACACCUGGAUCCGACCGCGGCAGUCGUAUCAUCGAAACCUUGCUGGAGGAGGAGCAGAAGCAUUGGGCGGCGCUUGAAGAUGGGUCAGGUCGUCGUCCACUCGAUUUAGCUGGAUUGACCGAGCGGAUCGUAGCUCAGGCUUCGGAGCUGGCCGAGACACCUGCUCGGAUCGACAGCACUGCCUCGUCCAUGCCAGGUUCCAGCUUCAGUCACACCACUGCACAAAGCAUGUCUCGUGCCGGAGGUGUGGGGGCCUUGACCUGGGACACGACACCGGACGAAUCGGUCGUCCCGGCGUUUGCCUCCUCAUGGGGCGUCGAUAUCACCGAUCCUACGGGUCUCCUGAGUGUGUUGAUGCCGCGAACUCCUGACGACGGACACGCGAACGGACUCUAUCCGGACGAACCGUACGUGUAUCAACGACACAAUGCUCGACCGUAUGAACACAGCCUUAGACCCUGGCAAGAGCCUAGCCAGGGAGUGGCCUCUGGUCAUCUCUCUGCCGCCGAUGGCAGCGAGAACAAUCUGUGGGAGUGGAUGUUCUCGCAGGCAGCGCUGCUGCUUGGACCCGAACCACCGGUCGAGGGUGAUCCACAAAACCCGGCUGCAAACUCACACCCGGCGGUUGCUGCGACUUCUGCCCGGACGCCACAGAAUGGCGCCCACGUUGCACACUCUUCGCCAGCAGGUGUGCGGAGUGAGGAAUCACAUCGUCAACAAAGCGACGUCUCGAGUGGAGCGAGCGCAUACCCUGGCAGGCACAGUGGACAUUCCCCGUACUCGCAAGCACCAAACAGCAGCAUGUAUACUCGCUCGCCACGUGCCUCGGCCACCACGGCGCCCUCCGCGCUGUCCCCGCUCUCGACUCAUCAAGCAUCCUCAUCUACGCUCUACCACUCUUCGCUUUCCCCCGAUCGUGCUGCCAAAGCAACAGCGGACGGCGUCUACGGUCAUCCUUCGCCGAGUCGAAGAUGGUCUGAGCAACGACACAGGUUUUGA